AUGGCUAUGGCUACUUGUACUCAGCUAUCUUCUUCUCCUUUGUUUCACUCUCAAAUUACCAAAAAACCAUUCCUUCUCUCGGCGGCGAAGAUCGACCGUCAUGGUUUCAGUGCACGGAGACCGAACUCUCUAUCGUUACUCCGUCGUCUUUCAGUCUCGGCUUCGUCUGCUUCUUCCGCCGUUGAACCGGUGACUUCAACCAAAACUCUUCCGUUUCGAGUCGGUCACGGUUUCGAUCUGCAUCGGUUAGAGCCAGGGUACCCUCUGAUCAUCGGCGGGAUCGAUAUCCCUCACGAUAGAGGCUGCGAAGCUCACUCCGAUGGCGAUGUGUUGCUCCAUUGUGUAGUGGAUGCAAUUCUGGGAGCGUUAGGGCUUCCUGAUAUUGGUCAGAUUUUCCCAGAUUCUGAUCCUAAAUGGAAAGGAGCUGCUUCUUCUGUCUUCAUCAAAGAAGCUGUGAAACUCAUGGACGAGGCAGGGUACGAGAUAGGAAACCUUGACGCCACAUUGAUUCUACAGAGACCAAAGAUAAGUCCUCACAAAGAGACGAUCAGAUCCAAUCUGUCCAAGCUUCUUGGUGCAGAUCCUUCUGUUGUCAACUUAAAAGCUAAAACACACGAGAAAGUUGAUAGCCUCGGAGAAAACAGAAGCAUUGCAGCUCACACUGUUGUUCUCCUUAUGAAGAAGUGA